AUGAAUAUAAGUAAAAUUGUUUUCAACACAUUAAAACCAGCCGUGGUAAAAACUCAGCGAAACGGAUCAAAACUAGCUUACAAUGCGAGGUCGUUAAAUCCUUCAGUAAUAUACAGAAACCAAAUUAGUUUGGUUUCUACUUACGAAGUUAAAAAUGUCCAGAAGGACGGUAUUAUUAGGAAUAUGUUAAAGAAAAUACCGUUCCUAAAAUUAAAUGAAAUGAAAAUAAAAGCCCGUGGGUAUAUUCUUUAUGAAGAAAUUGCUGACAAGAUUGACUACGUAGAAUUCUUUAAAGAGUUCGAUUUACCUGAUACCUUCAAUUCAUGGUUCAGUGUAACCGAAUUGCAUAUUUGGAUGCUCUCAUUAAGAAUCGUAGCGGAUGGAGAAGAUGGAAAAAUCUUAAGGAACUCUAUCGUUGAAGCUCUUUGGACUGAUGUUGCUCAACGAGUAAAACGAUUAGGGGUAAUCACGUCUUCCGGUACUCGAAACCAAAUCAUGGAAAUGUCGGAGCAAAUGCAAGCUUCAUUCAUCUCCUACGAUGAAGGUAUUCAGUCCGAUGAUAAAGUUUUAGCUGCAGCAGUAUGGAGGAGGUUGUACGGCAUGAACCAUGCUAACUUACAAAACAUAGAAAAACUAGUUAAAUACAUUCGAAAACAGGUUGCAAUAUUAGACACUCUGCCACAUGAGGUUUUAUUUCAGAAAGGUUCAAUACAUUGGGAGUCCUUCAAGAGUUAG